GUUGCGCGUUUUUUAAAUUUCAGCGUUACUGUUCCCAAUUAAAAUAAUUUCUCUGUGAAAGUACCGUUACAUCAUGAUAUCACAUACUUUUUAAAUUGUUUUAUCCUAAAUGAACGCGGAACACAGUAAUGAUUGGGGUGUCGGUGGUGAAUUGGAAUUGGCUCAAGACUUCGAAGUUAUCGAUCUGAAUGAAUUUGAUUCUAGUUGUGGUUACGUUUCGGAAGCAGAUGACUCAACAUAUAUCUCUUCGUUUCUUAAUGGUCUCGUAACUGAUGAAACUCUUUAUUCACGAUAUUUGAAUGGGAUUAUCAGUUUUGAUGAUUUGAUGCGUGAAAUGCACCACUCUACUACUCUGGAUAAUGAUUCUUGCCACAGUAGUGAUUCAGACUGUUCUAGCAAAAACGACGAUUCUGAAUAUUAUACACGACCUAGGAGAUCUAAAAGACGACAAAAUCCUGAUACAGUUGGAAAGAAAAAACUGAAAUUAAGAGGACCACUUAUUUCUAAACGUGCUCGCUUACCAAUUGAGUUAGCACAAUAUCUUGGAGAAGCUGAAAGACAUUUGAACAAUGAUGAAUUUGAACACGCUGAACGUAUUUGCUAUCAGAUCAUUGACACAGCUCCCCAAGCUUCCCAACCAUAUAUUGUUUUGGCCGAAAUUAGUUUUCGUCGUGGGAAUCAAGAAAAAGCCAAAGAAUUUUUAUAUCAAGCUGCUCAGAGAAACCCAUCCGAUAAAAAUACUUGGCUUACUCUAGUGGACUGGGCUGAAGAAGCUGAGGAUUUCCCUCUUGCUAUACACUAUGCACGACAGGCCCUUCGAAGAAAUCGAGCUGAUACAUCAUUACGCCAACGUCUUAUAGACUUAUGUCAUGUAGCUGGUCGAAGCAGAGAGGCAUUACAGUUACGUUUGGCCGCUCUUUCAGUUACUCCGGAGUCGACGGGUGAGAAACAAUUUGAAGUUGCUCGAGAGCUAGCCGAUCAAUUUUUCAAACUACUUGAUCCACACAACUCGGUAAAGGCGUAUGAAAAUGCUUUUGAACAAUACCCAGAUCAUGGAACGGAUAAUGAUCGAAAUUCGGCCUUAUCGAUUUUGUUUCAAAUGAAACGUUAUGAUCAAGCUCUAAAGUUUUUCACUUCCUUCUGUGGUGUCAAACUGUAUUUGAAUUCUGGGGAUUUAUUUGAUAUGGACAGACAUUCAUCGAAGCUGUCGUCUGUGGAGAAAUUUAAAAGAUGUGAAUUCCCUGAUAAUAUGCCUGUUGAAUUACAGUUGAAAUUGUUUCUUAUUUUUGCACAUCUGGGACUUGGCCCAUUAGUUGUGUCCCGUGUUGAAUCAACGUACACAAGUGAAAAUAUUGCAAAAUAUUCUAAUUGGCUUUUGGAUAUCGUUGUCGCUUACAAAGAGAAAAAUUUAUACUCCAUAUCGAUUCAGCUUAUCCUGAAACUCAAAAAAUCAAAUGUUACCUGUAAGUUGGUACAAGUUUGGACAUUACUGGCUGAAUGUUAUUUAGAAGCAGGUGAAACAGAAAGUGCCAUCAAAGCCUAUCGCCAUGUCAUAGAAAAUCUUGAUCCUCGGCAUACCGGCGCACGUCUGGGUCUUGUAAAUCUUCUUAGACGCCUUGGUAGGAAUCAGGAGGCUUUAAAAUUCUUAAAUCCCUCAAAUUUAGUUCAGAAAGGUGUUAAACCCGAAAUAUCUUUGACCGAACAGUGUGAUUUAAUUGUACAGAAAAGAGAAAAAUCUCCAUUGAAAUCCAGUCACAGAUCAACUGUUAGAUCAUUUGCUUCUUCUGACUUACGAAAAACUUCAGUUGUUGGUGACAUCGAUAGUGAUGAAUGUUCUGUUGAGAAAGUUUGUCUAGAUAGCGACUGGCUCGAUGCAUCUGCUAACCUUGUCUCCCGUGAUCAUGUGGCAUACAGAUUAGCCUACGAACGUUGUCGAAUGCUUGAUACACCAGAAAGUGUAGAUUCAUUUUUAGAAGAAGCUUGGGCUUUGCUGUUUAGUGAUGUGACACGUGUUUGCGGACCUAGAUUUACUCAACUUGCCUUAACUCUUGAUAGUGAACAGCAUCGAAAAUUAGUGAUUGAUCGACUAGCUUCUGUUGCUCCAGCAUUGACUGAUACAUUAUCUAACCAGAUAGACGCUGAACGUUCAACUACAGAAACAAAUGGUGUAAGCAGCUCAGAUAUUUGGGGAUUGUUUUUGCGUGUUGUGGAUGUGUUACGUGCUCGUUUGCCAAAAUCAUUGCCCCAAUUGGAAACAGCUACUGCAUGGGCUUCUUUAUUACCUCAUGUUCAAGGCAAUGAUCUACGUCGGUUAGCUGCAAGUCAUCUCUUAAUUAGUUCUUCACUUAUUGCACGUCAUGGCACGCCAGCAUUUUUGGAAUUACGAAAAAUUCAAAAGCAGUGGAGUGAAUAUAACCAGUAUUGGAAUGUGAUGAAUCUGGCAAUCACUCUUUCACGUGAUUUUAAACAUUGUAGAUUUUUGGAUCGUUUAGUUACUAAAGAUAGUUUGAAUUUGGCUAUCGGUACUAUUGCUAGUAGUGACACUUUGGUUCGAGGUUCAUAUCGUUAUGCUAUUGCCCGACUAAUCAAUAUGAGAGAAAAAUUUCCGGACGAUGCACUUCUUACUUUAUUACUCGCUGUUGGCUUUCUAAGUAUGUCCAUGCAAAAACACAUUGGUUCACGUCAUCUUGCUGUUUUACAGGCUGUUGGUUUUCUUGGGGAAUAUAAACGUUUACGUGGUGAUUGUCAGGAGGUUUAUUACAAUAUAGCACGUGCUUGUCAUCAACUUUCAAUCACUCAUAUGGCUAUUCACUAUUAUGAAAAGGUCCUUGAUAUGGAGCCUAUUGGGAACAAUCCUGAAGAGAAGUCUGUGAGUCUUGCUUUCUUUUCUCUGAAUAUACACUAUUGUUAUUAUUGCGGAGGUUAAUUAACUUAACCUAUAUUCGUUUAUUGUUUUGGUUUAAAAACUCUUGUCAUACGUAUCUUCUGACUGCAUUUAUUAUUCUUUCACUUUUGGUUUAUUUUAUUAGCUUACUAAUCUGUAUAAAGAAGCUGCUUUCAAUUUAGCUCUUUUGUAUCGAACUAAUGGGAAUCCAUCAAUGGCUCGUCAUAUACUCCAAAAAUACGUUGUCAUCUAAUAAUGUGUUUAUAUUUUUUAUGAUUUAUUAACUUUUUACACACAAUAGUAUAUAUAAAAGUCUAACUCAAGCUUUUAAUUUCCCU